AUGCAAAGUUUUUUGAAAGGUCCGAAUUUUAAUAAAAAAUUUUUUUUUAAACAACCUCAAAAUAAAUAUCAAGAGGUUUGCAACGCGUAUGCAUAUUACAAACAAGCAACACUCUGUAAUCCAAAGUUAAAUCGCCAGCAACUAAUGGAAGAGUGUACAACUGUUUGGAAAGAAGUUAGAAAAAAUGACACCACUUUUAUUGAAAAUAAAAUUUGUGAAUAUUAUGAUACUGUACCUUCUACUGUUCAUUCUCAUCAAAAAAUUUUUUUGUCAUGUAAUGUGACUAGUAGUUUUUAUCAUACCUCCACUCCAAAAUAUACCUCUACUCCAAGACAAUUAGUUGGAUUUAUUGAUACUACCAAAAUACCAAAAAAUGCUACAUCAUAA